CGCCGGAAGGAGCGCGCGGGUCCUUUCUCUGCGGCCGUCGCGCGGGCGAGCGGGGCCAACAUGUACUACAAGUUCAGCGGCUUCACGCAGAAGCUGGCCGGAGCGUGGGCUUCCGAAGCCUACAGCCCGCAGGGUUUAAAGCCCAUGGUCUCCGCAGAAGCACCGCCCAUCGUAUUUGCGACGCCAACUAAGUUGACCUCCAGUUUGACUCCAUAUGACUAUGCCGGGAAGAACAAAGUCCCAGAGCUGCAGAAGUUCUUCCAGAAAUCGGACGGUGUGCCCAUCCACCUGAAACGAGGCUUGCCUGACCAGAUGCUUUACCGGACCACCAUGGCGCUGACUCUGGGCGGGACCAUCUACUGCCUGGUCGCCCUCUACAUGGCCUCCCAGCCCAGAAACAAAUGAGCCCGGCUGCAAAGGACUGCUUUGCGUUUUGACUUACACACUUUGAACAUUCAGUUUUCAUUGUUUCUGGUUUUUGUGGUGUUUUUGUUUGUUUGUUUUUUUCCACUUGGAUGGUCUACUCAACAUUCUUACAAAACAAAGGAAAUGAAAUGAUGACAGUAUUUUGGUUUGAGUAUGAAAUGCAUAUGGCCUGUCAGGUGUUAGAGCUCAGUUGACAGUCAAACUGUCGUCUAAAGAAACGGUGCCGCGCUCUGUGCUGGGCUCUGAUUUCCCUGGAGGCUCGGGAUGGAGGUUGCUCACAGGCUCAUCCACGCCGGCCUGUGCUCAGGUCCUCAGGGACGUGGAAUUGUGUUUGUAAGUACAGAUAGAUGCCUUUCUGGAUUUGGAUGGGAUUGAGGAAGCAAGAUAAAAGCCAAGGCCAGGUGUGUGAGAUGAGAAGUUUGAGUUGGGGGUUUUCCAUCUUGCAGUAAAGUGACAGGAGGAAUUCUUCGCAGCUCACCUCUCUUCACUGGGCAGUUUGAUUCAAAGGGUUGUUUGCCUCGCCACAGAUCUUGGGUGAAAUGUUGUAUGUAAAGGCCAUGCGUUUUCUGUCAUGGGAACAGAGAAACACCUGUUUAGUGCUGCUGUCUGUUUUGUUAAUACAAGUCUCCUUUACCUUGUAAAAAUGUUACAAUUUUAAAUUAUGACUUUCUUGGUUGUGGAAUAAAUAAUGAAUAAAAAAUUUUUAAGUCUGA